CGGGCCGCGGGCCCCCGUGUCACAGCCGCCUCUCACUCAGAUGCUGCCGCCGCCGCCGCUGCUGCUGCUGCUGGCGCCGCUCUUCCUCCAGCCACUGGGCGCCGCCGGGGCGCAGACCCCCAACGCCACCUCCGAAGGUUGCCAGAUCAUACACCCGCCAUGGGAAGGGGGCAUCCGGUACCGGGGCCUGACUCGGGACCAGGUGAAGGCCAUCAACUUCUUGCCGGUGGACUAUGAGAUCGAGUACGUGUGCCGCGGGGAGCGCGAGGUUGUGGGGCCCAAGGUGCGCAAGUGCCUAGCCAACGGCUCCUGGACAGACAUGGACAUCCCCAGCCGCUGUGUUCGGAUCUGCUCCAAGUCUUACUUGACCCUGGAAAAUGGGAAAGUUUUCCUGACGGGUGGGGACCUCCCAGCUCUGGACGGAGCCCGGGUGGAUUUCCGGUGUGACCCCGACUUCCAUCUGGUGGGCAGCUCCCGGAGCAUCUGUAGUCAGGGCCAGUGGAGCACCCCCAAGCCCCACUGCCAGGUGAACCGAACGCCGCACUCAGAGCGGCGCGCAGUCUACAUUGGAGCGCUGUUUCCCAUGAGCGGGGGCUGGCCUGGGGGCCAGGCCUGCCAGCCCGCGGUGGAGAUGGCGCUGGAGGACGUGAACAGCCGCAGGGACAUCCUGCCGGACUAUGAGCUCAAGCUCAUCCACCACGACAGCAAGUGUGACCCAGGCCAAGCCACCAAGUACUUGUAUGAGCUGCUCUACAAUGACCCCAUCAAGAUCAUCCUCAUGCCUGGCUGCAGCUCUGUCUCCACACUUGUGGCUGAGGCUGCCCGGAUGUGGAACCUCAUUGUGCUUUCUUACGGCUCCAGCUCACCAGCUCUGUCAAACCGGCAGCGUUUCCCUACAUUCUUCCGAACACACCCAUCAGCUACACUGCACAACCCCACCCGUGUGAAACUCUUUGAAAGGUGGGGCUGGAAGAAGAUUGCCACCAUCCAGCAGACCACAGAAGUCUUCACAUCGACCCUGGACGACCUAGAGGAACGAGUGAAGGAGGCCGGAAUUGAGAUUACCUUCCGCCAGAGUUUCUUCUCGGAUCCAGCUGUGCCCGUGAAAAACCUGAAGCGCCAAGAUGCCCGGAUCAUCGUGGGACUUUUCUAUGAGACUGAAGCCCGUAAAGUGUUUUGUGAGGUGUACAAAGAGCGGCUCUUUGGGAAGAAGUAUGUCUGGUUCCUCAUUGGGUGGUAUGCUGACAAUUGGUUCAAGACGUAUGACCCAUCCAUCAACUGCACAGUGGAUGAGAUGACGGAGGCAGUAGAGGGUCAUAUCACCACUGAGAUUGUCAUGCUGAACCCUGCCAACACCCGCAGCAUUUCCAACAUGACAUCCCAAGAAUUUGUGGAGAAACUAACCAAGCGACUCAAAAGACACCCUGAGGAGACAGGAGGCUUCCAGGAGGCACCAUUGGCCUAUGACGCCAUCUGGGCACUGGCUUUGGCCUUGAACAAGACAUCUGGAGGAGGUGGCCGUUCAGGUGUGCGCCUGGAGGACUUCAACUAUAACAACCAGACCAUUACUGACCAGAUUUACCGAGCAAUGAACUCCUCAUCCUUCGAGGGCGUCUCUGGCCAUGUGGUAUUUGAUGCCAGCGGUUCCCGGAUGGCUUGGACACUUAUCGAACAGCUACAAGGUGGCAGCUACAAGAAGAUUGGCUACUAUGACAGCACCAAGGAUGACCUUUCCUGGUCCAAAACAGAUAAGUGGAUUGGAGGGACCCCCCCAGCGGACCAAACCCUUGUCAUCGAGACCUUCCGCUUCCUGUCACAGAAACUCUUCAUCUCCGUCUCGGUUCUCUCCAGCUUGGGCAUUGUCCUUGCUGUUGUCUGUUUGUCUUUUAACAUUUACAACUCGCAUGUCCGUUAUAUCCAAAAUUCACAGCCCAACCUGAACAAUCUGACUGCUGUGGGCUGCUCGCUGGCAUUAGCUGCUGUCUUCCCCCUUGGGCUGGAUGGUUACCACAUCGGAGAGAACCAGUUCCUUUUUGUCUGCCAGGCCCGCCUCUGGCUCCUGGGCUUGGGCUUUAGUCUGGGCUAUGGCUCCAUGUUCACCAAGAUCUGGUGGGUACACACGGUCUUCACAAAGAAGGAAGAGAAGAAGGAGUGGAGGAAGACCCUGGAGCCCUGGAAGCUGUAUUCCACAGUGGGGCUGCUGGUAGGCUUGGAUGUCCUUACUCUCGCCAUCUGGCAGAUUGUGGACCCCUUGCACCGGACCAUUGAGACUUUUGCCAAGGAGGAGCCAAAGGAAGACAUUGAUGUUUCUAUUCUGCCCCAGCUGGAGCACUGUAGCUCCAAGAAGAUGAAUACGUGGCUUGGUAUUUUCUAUGGUUACAAGGGCCUACUCCUGUUACUGGGAAUCUUUCUUGCUUAUGAAACCAAAAGUGUGUCUACUGAGAAGAUCAAUGACCACAGGGCCGUGGGCAUGGCCAUCUACAAUGUGGCGGUCCUGUGCCUCAUCACUGCCCCUGUCACCAUGAUCCUGAGUAGCCAGCAGGAUGCAGCCUUUGCCUUUGCCUCUCUGGCCAUUGUGUUCUCGUCUUAUAUUACUCUGGUUGUGCUGUUUGUGCCCAAGAUGCGCAGGCUGAUCACUCGAGGUGAGUGGCAGUCGGAGGCCCAGGACACCAUGAAGACAGGGUCGUCCACCAACAACAAUGAGGAGGAGAAAUCUCGGCUCUUGGAGAAGGAGAACCGCGAACUGGAGAAGAUCAUUGCUGAGAAAGAGGAGCGGGUCUCUGAACUGCGCCAUCAGCUCCAGUCUCGGCAGCAGCUUCGCUCCCGGCGCCACCCUCCAACGCCCCCAGAUCCUUCUGGGGGCCUACCCAGGGGACCCCCCGAGCCCCCUGACCGGCUUAGCUGUGAUGGGAGCCGAGUCCACUUGCUCUACAAGUGAGGGGUGUUAAGGAGGACAGUUGGUGGGAUGGGAAGGGAACAGGGAGAGGGUGGGAGGCUGGGGAGGAAGCGAGCAUCUUUGUCCCAGUGUCAUCCCCUGUGUUAAAUGCCUGUCCCUGUGAGUGCUGGGAUUAUUUGGGUCUCUAGUACUCUGAGAAAUAGAUCAUUUCUGUCUCAUUCAUUCAUGUAAUCCUGUAUCAUCACUUCAUACUUCAGCUUGUGUCUCACCUGGAGUCCCUUGUCCGUGGCUCUUUGGCAGCCUAGUCACUUCUUGCCUUCUACAACUUGCUGCACUCAUUACCACGGCACCUCUAGUCCCUCGGCCCCCAGCAGCAGGGGUCUCCACACAAGUGCUGUCUUCACCCUGUUUUUCGCACCCUCAUAACCUCUUUUCACUUCACAGUUUCUUCUACAUGUUCCCACUUUUUUCUUCUUACACUUUUUUCCUCUGAGGGCCCAUUCUUACCAAGGCUCAGUGUGUGUCACUCUGUGCCCAUGCUUCCUCGUGCAUGUGUACCCUUCCCCUCUUCUGCUGUGCCCACUGGGCCCAUUCCUGUGUGUGCUCCCAUGAGCUUCUCACUUGUGUUUACACGUAUUCCCUGCGAACCUGCACCAGCUGUGUUGGUCUCACCCAUAGAGACAGGUCUGCACUUUGUGCUGUGUUCCCUACCUGCACACAUUCAUGGUCACCCAUCUUGCUUUCACAUAAAGAUCAUUGUAUUCUUCCAGCAGCUAUGUGGAACCACUGUAUGUGUUGUUAGGCACUUCGCCUCUUGCUGGGCACCCAUACUUUUCUCCCUUCAUGUUCAGCAUCUGUUCCAAGGCCCCUGGUCUGUCCUUCACACUCAUUAUCAUCCUUAGUCUACACUCACAAUCAUCUUCCCCUAAGACUACUCUCUUUCAUUGUGUGUGUAUGUUUGGGAGAUAGGGAAAAGAAACGGGGGCAGGUUUGGAGAGCUGCAUCCAGUGGAUACAUGGUGAGAAUCCUGACCAGAGACAGGCACCUCAGACCACUGGGAUGAACAGAUGGACUAAUGGGAUAAGAUGGGUGGUGUGUCUGGAAGGAUCUCCCCGGAUCUCAAUAAACCAGUAGAUGGUG